GCGAGCCAUCAACAUCCUGUGAUCCAUGCUUCUACCUAUCAAAGUAUCCAGAGGCCUGUAUUCAACGCAGCAAUUCCGCUGACCUUAGCCGUGCAAGUAAAACUACUGCCCUGGUCGUUUACUUCAGACAUCUACGUACCCUCCGGGAGACACGAAGCACCUUCUACCAUCACAGGGACCCGACCAACCCCACUGCUUGUCCUUGAAACCUACGGCCUCCUGCCCGUGAGCCUCGGCGACCAUGAGUUUCCGCAAUGUCAUGAAGGACGGAUGGCACCCUAAAGGGAAAGAGGGGGGAAAGGAAAGCUGGAGAGGAGACUUCAAAGGGAUCAAUCAAGUGGCAGGCUGGAUGGGCAAGGGCCGAGACCCCCACAAAGAAGAAGCGGUCGAUCACGUAUCUCGUCCAUUGUCGACUCUGAAAGAUCCGGCAUUGUUUGGGCCACCACCCAAAAACGUCAACUACCAUGGUGGCGCCGCACUUCCCAACGAGAUAACUCCGCAUAGAAGCGGCCUGGGCGCACCUCUAAAACCCGAGGAGAUCGAAGCCGCAAGGCGAGUCAAUACGCCGGAUAAUACACAGCAGGAGCAACAAGAGGCGGAGACAAGAAAGCCUGGACCCCCAUUGCCAUACAGGGCAGACAGGACAGGUCUGAAGACGGACCAUCUUCCACCACCUCCGGUUCACAGGGACGUGGUCACACGGAGUACGAGCAUGACGGAAGGCCAACAAUCAUUCAAACCAAAGCCAAGCCUACCCCCAAGACUUCCAUCUAGACAAAACACUGGGACAAGCGGUGGUAGUACGCCACCACCUGCGACCUCCUCUCCACCUCCCCAGCAGCCUCCGCCCUCGUAUGAAGCAAUUCCCGCACAGCAGCCGAAUCCAACCCCGAGCUCAAACUACGGAAUUAACCAAGCGGCAGUAAACAGACUUGGAACUGCGGGAGUAUCGGUACCUGCUUUGGGUAUAGGGGCUAACGCUUCCUCAAACCCCUGGCACGGAGAGUCAAGCCAGUCGAACAGCAUCCCACAGAACCCUUCACCUAACCCGCCGCGACCGGCGCUGAACCAACUUUCCGAGCUACAAUCGCGCUUUGCGCGUAUGAAUACCGAUACGAGUGGCCAGCAACAACAUCAUCCAACCACACCUGCGCCCGUGACGCAGUCUGUUGCAGCGCCUCAGACAGCCACAAGUCCUAUCUCUUCGACAUCUUUAUCCGCCCAACCUACGCAAGGCACGACUUGGGCAGAAAAGCAAGCCGCACUACGUACGGUGCAAAGCUUCCAACGAGAUCCCUCAAGCGUGAGCACUGCAGACGCCCGAGCCACAGCCUCGACCGUCAACUCCUUCCGCGAGCGACACCAAGAUUCCAUCACCUCCGCUGGCCAAAAAGCGAGCCAGUGGAACAAGAAAUACAACGUGACGGGCCGGCUCAACUCGUUCUUGGAAAAACACUCCUCUCCCACGUCAGAAACCCCACCGUCAAUGCAUACCAAUCCCAAUGCCAACGCCAUGCCGUCUCCCCCGUUGCAGCAGGCCCAGUCUCCGCCACCGCAGAAUCCAAAUGUCGUGGCCUCGAUAUCGCGUAAGCCGCCGCCACCUCCUCCGCCGAAGAAACCGGCCACCAUGCACGUCGGUGGCGGUGUUCCCAACGGUGUCGCCGGUCAAGGCAGUGCUGCUCCUGUUCCAUCCCCGCCUCCUGUGCCCCUGGGGACGAAACCCAGCUGGAGUUGAGUUUAGCUUUAAUGCAAUUUGGAGUUAGCGCUAUAAUAUCAUCAUGUAAUCGGUAUUCCUCUUGACAGUGCUAGUAAUGGAGGAAUAGAUCCCAUCGUGUCGCUUCCUAUGCUUAUUCGUAAGCAUGUACACUCUUUGCUGGAAAAAGGCCGUGUGCACGCCCUGGAUGCUAUGAAUUGCAAUCUCGUACUGCUCAACGUUAGGCUCGACAGGAAAGAUCUGCCGAGCGUCUACAGUUACUAGUUCUACAGUGGUACGCCAACGUCUAGGGUUACAUCCGUGGGACGAGAGGAAACCCCCUCAAAACGCAGUUAACUCGGACAGAGGUGACCAAUAGGUAUCUUCCGAAUUUCCAAUAUCUACGCUCGAUUAUUGCUCUUUGUAUAGCGAGAC